GCUCAUUGUAAUUCUAGGAUGUGAAUUGUGAUGAUGUGUGUUUAUUGUUCCUUGUUCAAAGUUUUAGAGAAUCUAUUUUCAAGAGAAGACAGUAUACAAGACCAAUUAAGCAUUCUCUGACUGAUUUUCUGGUGUGCUUACAGCUGAUUUGAGCAAUUGUUUGGGAAUGAUGAAGCAGAAUGUGUUUGGAACUUUCAUUAGGUUCUUUGCAACCAAACCAAAGCCUAAAAUGAAACCGAUCGAGCUGAAGGACCCACCUGAGCAAACACAGACCAUCACAAGAGCGAUUUUCGACGUUGUGAAAGAACACGGCCCUCUCACUGUUUCGGAAACCUGGGAUAAGAUUCAGGAAGUUGGUUUAAAAGGGUUAACAGGGAAAAGGCACAUGAAGAUCGUACUGAGAUGGAUGCGGGAGAGGCAAAAGAUUAGGCUCAUAUGCAAUCACGUCGGGCCUCACAAGCAAUUCCUGUACACAACUUGGUUUACGAAAUCCCCCAUUAGGCCUGUCCGUCGGCCACCAACCAAUCCGUCACAGCCGAAGUUCCCUUGAGAGUUUUCCACAAGCAAUUACAGGGCAUGGAGAUUUUAGGUCAUUGGUCCGUCGUCAAAACUUGUAAUGUCGAACAGUC